AUAGCCUCCCAAGUGCUGGGAUUGCAGUUGCUUUAAUAUGUUGUUUAUGGCAUAAGUGAAGGGUGUAACUUGGUUUUCCUUGCUGCACCCUUUGCCUCACUCUCCUUCAAAUGGCUUUCAAUGGCCACAUCCAGCUGAGCGGUCUGCGAUGGUUCUCUCAUCACGAAGGACACACUCCCUGUGCAUCUCUCCCAGUCCAGAAGCGUGGAGAAGGCACUGAGCUGCGACCAUCGUCCCAGAGUCCAGGCACCCCGACGGCGGGAAUGGACAGCGGGCGCCACUGCCUCCGCAACUUAAGUACUGGACAGCCGGGUCCCCCAGGAUCAGGUAGCCCCGACUCCAGGCCCAAAGCAGGUCCCCACUCCACGUCCUCUUCUCCAAGCUUCCAGGGAAGCAGCCUAGCGCCUCCGCUCCAGCAGGGCAGUCGAAGCCGCCGGCUACUCCCUCGUCCUGGACUUGCGCCCAGGCCGCCCCCGACCGUCCCGGCCAGGCAGCGGCCCGAACCUCGACUCCGCCUUAGCCCCCGACUGACUCCGCCCUAAGGUCGCUCGCACUGGCUUCACGUCCUCUCACCACAGCCGGGUACCGCAGCUGCCGCCACGCGCUUCCAGUGGCUCCUUCCACUCGGCUCCCUAGCCGCGCGCACGCUCCAGCGCGGGCCCCACCGCCGUUGGAGUUUGGGGCCCUCCAUGCAUGGCCCCGCCCGGAGCCCAGCGCCCCACACCUACCCGCCCCGCCCGACGCAGCGUGACCCCGCCCCUUCCCGGCUCCGCCCCGAUCCCCUUCCGGGCCUAUGGCCACGCCCUUCUAGGGCCCGCCCCCACGGCAGCGCUCGGGUGCUAUAAGAGGGCGGCAGCUGCGACGAGCCCUGCGCGGAGCCGGGAGCGCGAUGGUCGGCCGCCGCUGUGCGGCAAGAUGCUGGAUGGGUUCCUGCCGGCGCGCUGGCUGGCCGCGGCCCUCGGGCUGACGCUGCUGCUCGCCGCGCCGCGCCCUUCGGCCGCCUACUUCGGGCUGACGGGUAGCGAGCCUCUGACCAUCCUCCCGCUGACCCUGGAGCCUGAGGCAGCGGCCCAGGCUCAUUACAAGGCCUGCGACCGGCUGAAGCUGGAGCGCAAGCAGAGGCGCAUGUGCCGCCGGGACCCGGGCGUUGCCGAGACGCUGGUGGAGGCCGUGAGCAUGAGCGCGCUCGAGUGCCAGUACCAGUUCCGCUUCGAGCGCUGGAACUGCACCCUGGAGGGCCGCUACCGUGCCAGCUUGCUCAAACGAGGCUUCAAGGAGACCGCCUUCCUUUACGCCAUCUCCUCUGCUGGCCUAACGCACGCGCUGGCCAAGGCCUGCAGCGCUGGGCGCAUGGAGCGCUGCACGUGCGACGAGGCGCCGGACCUGGAGAAUCGCGAGGCCUGGCAGUGGGGUGGCUGCGGAGACAACCUCAAGUAUAGCAGCAAGUUUGUCAAGGAGUUCCUGGGCCGGCGCUCAAGCAAGGACCUGCGCGCCCGUGUGGACUUCCACAACAACCUCGUGGGUGUGAAGGUGAUCAAAGCUGGAGUGGAGACAACCUGCAAGUGCCAUGGCGUGUCGGGCUCCUGCACCGUGCGGACCUGCUGGCGGCAGCUGGCACCCUUCCACGAAGUGGGCAAGCACCUGAAGCACAAGUACGAGACAGCACUCAAGGUGGGCAGCACCACUAAUGAAGCCACUGGCGAGGCAGGCGCAAUCUCCCCAACCCGAGGACGGGCCUCAGGGACAGGCAGUGACCCACUACCCCGCACACCAGAGCUGGUGCACCUGGACGACUCACCCAGCUUCUGCCUGGCUGGGCGCUUCUCCCCGGGCACGGCUGGCCGUCGGUGCCACCGUGAAAAGAACUGCGAGAGCAUCUGCUGUGGACGCGGGCACAAUACGCAGAGCCGGGUGGUGACCAGGCCCUGCCAGUGCCAGGUGCGCUGGUGCUGCUACGUGGAGUGCCGGCAGUGCACCCAGCGUGAGGAGGUCUAUACCUGCAAGGGCUGAGCCCCGCUGCAGCCAGCCCUGCUCUAUGGGGUGCAGGCACCCCACACAGCAUGAGGGGCGUAUACUGCCUGUGCUGAGCCCGUAGACCCGGCCAGCCCUGCUGUGGGGUGUAGACACUGCACACAGUGCAAGGGUCCGCACCUGGAGAGGCCGGGCCACUGUGUGGCGGGAGGUGCCCAGUGGCCCAGGGCUGGUGCAGUGGCCCCUGUCUGGCCCCACUGCCUUGCAUAACCCGGGCCUCAGCUUCUGACACGAGAGCAUUGCUGCAGUGCUUUCUGAGUUGCCUCUGUCCCUGACACACCUUUCCCAAGUGUGGCCCUCUUCCAGUCUCUUGACUGCCCCUCUCUGCCUCUGGGCUUGCUCUGAGGCUCAGGGGACCAGCGCACCUUCGUGACCAUGUGGCUGCCCAUUGGAGUGGCUGCCUGGCCUGGCACUGGCACUGGCACCAGCACUGUGUUCAGAGAGCCAAACCACUAGGAGAGAGUGCCAGCUGCCCGUGUCCAGUCCUGCCGCCCAGGGCAGGCUGGGGCUUUGCCGUCCCUCUCUGAUAUUGAGCACUUCUAUUUGGAGUGAAGUCGUUGACUUUUAAAUUAUUAUUAUUAUUAUUAUUAAUUAUUUAACUAAUGUAAUAAUUAUUAUUUCUUUGGAUCCCGCCGCUGCCUGGGCCGUCUCUAGGGGGCCACACCCUGAGCCAUCGGGGGCUCCUUCCCCCUCCCCACCUGCAGCUAUCUACCCUGGCUUUGAAACCACUAUUCCAGAUGAUGCUGUCCUUAGAGGAAGAGACUCCCUGGGGCUCUGGAAGCCACCACACAAUGGCAGAGCCACCUGGGGGGCCGGCUGCACAUCUUGCAGUGGGCAGCCACGUGUGCAGGGCCUGGGUGGUGUAGGGUGGCAGGUGAAGGGACAGCCAUGCUUUCACUGUAUAGGGAGCAGUUGGGGACAGGUGUAGUCUGCCUAGCUUUGCCCACAGGAUGCCCUUCUUUUGGCAGUGCUGUCUUUAUAGGGCAAGGGUCAAUGCCAAAGAGGUUGGCUUGAGAGUGAAUGUGAAAUGUCUGUGUAUGGAGUGUACAUGUGUGCGUGCGUGUGUGUGUGUGUGUGUGUGUGUGCACGCAUGUGCAUACUAGGCUGGUGUGGGGAGCUUGGUUGCACUUCUCAGAGCACUGAGGGGUAGCUCGGUGGCCCUGGGCUUUCUGGGUGGUGUCCUGCAUGUGUGGCAGACGGCAGGGCGGAUGCUGGGACUACUGAGAGCUGCUCCCUCAGCCCAAGGGUCUAGGAAGCCAGGUGCAUUUUAGAGACACCUCUUUCUGGGAACAUGAGUCUUGCACCCUUCCAAGGUAGUGCAUGUGGCAAGGUUAGCUCUGUGGUUGGCAGCCCGGCCUGGCCCCAGGAAACAGGCGUGCUGGCCAGGAGCCAUGCUGGGCAGGUCUGGCCAGGACAGGGCAGCUACAGGCAAGGAGUCCUGUGUUCCUGACACCUGUGCUUAGGGGCCCAAGCAGACCUGCCAGGGGCCCUUACAGCCAAGCUCAGCACCACCAGGGGUGGCAUGGCUCUGCCAGGUCAGGAUGUUUAUCAGAUACCACAUUUAGCUCUCUGUCUUCAAUAUUCAGAAAGUAUUUUUAAACAAGGUAGAGCACACACAUCCACUGGCUGUGUCUAUGCAAGCGUAUGUUGGAACGUCUUGCUGACUGUGGCAGCCGCUCUUUGGGGGUCAGGCUGGAGGGAGGGAGGUCCCCUUCCACCUGCGUGGACCCGGACCCAGGCUCGCUGCGGCUGGGUGGUGCUGGGGCACACAGGACGCCCUUGUGCCGAGUCUGUGCGAGCCUGUUGAUUUCUCUACCUCAUCUGUGUAGCGAGUAGGUGUGUACCUGAGUGACUGUGGAGAAUGUAUUUAUUUAACAGCUUUGUAUAACAAAACCGGAAACAAU